AUGCGAUUCUCAAAGGAUCCACAAACAGUUUUGGUGAGUUACCAAAAAAUUACUUGAAAUUCUGAAAUUUCAAUUUGAAACUGAUAAAGUUUAGUUUCUCUUGAUUUUUUUAUGCAGAAAAAUCAUGAAGAACUGGAUUUUAUCAGUUUGAAAUUGAAAUUUCAGCGGAAGAUGUGGAAGCUAUGCCCAAUUUUUUGAUUUUUUAUUCAAAAACUUAGAUUUUUUUUUUAAAAAAAGCAUGAGUAUAAUAUUGAGCAAAGUUUAUGAAUUCUAGUCUAGUUGGUUUUUUUACAGAAUUCCAACUUUCCGAAAAAAUAUCAGGACGAAGAAAAAUUAAUCCAAACUUGAAUGGUCUGAAUUGAUUACUUUUCUGUUGGUUCAAGUUUCAAUAAGUUCAUUCACAAUCAGUUGACCUAAGCCUAUUUAUUUACAAAAAAAGAUUACUGAUCUUCUAAAAUUUCAAAUUUGCUUUGAAACAUAUUUUUCCAGGAGUUUUCUAGUGCUCAAUGUUUAGUUGGCUUUAAUAAUUUUUAAAAAAACCACAGUAAUGUUUUGUUGUCAAAAAUUUAGUUCAAUUCAAAUAUUGAAAAACAACAUCCAUAAAAACUAUCAAAUUUAGCUUCUUUUUCUAGAUUUCAUCGAUCUCCCAACUUCUUCGAUCUCAUCUUCAAUUAUCAGCCAAAAAUCGGGAGCUUUUUGGUGAGUGAAAAUUGAGUUACCUGAAAUUAUGAAAUAUCCUGUUUGAAAUUGAUUGAACUUGGAUUUUUAUUGAUUUUUCUCUUGAAAAUCUUGAAAAAUUAUUGAUUUUAUCAGUUUCAAAUUGGAAUUUCAGCGGAGAUGCGGAAGCUAUGCCCAAUUUUUUUUCAAAAACUUGGGGUUUUUUUAAAUAAAACUCAGUUUGUUGUUCCAGAUUGGUAGUCAGAAAUCUCGCUCCAACCGACAUCCAACAACCUCGAUUCAAAUAUGUUGAGUAUUUCAGUCGCAAACUAUUUUUGCUGGCAUAAAAUUCGGAAAAAUAUCACAAGAUUUUUGGUGAGUUUUUCAUAUGAAAAAUUAAAAUUUGAUGAAAAAUAAAUUGAAAUUCUGAAAUAUCCAAUUGGAUGAAAAAAAUCAGCCCGAGUUUUUUCAACAAAAUUUCAACAAAUUUUUUCAAAUAAAAUAAAUUUCAAGAAAAUCUUGAAAAUUCUCAAUUUUAUUAGUUAUUUUUUGAUAUUUCAGCGGAAAUGCGGAAGCUAUGCCCAAUUUUUUGAAUUUUUAAACAUUAACUUGGGAUUUUUUCAAUCAAAUUUUCAUCAAAAAAAGUUUUUUCAAAUAAAAUAAUUAUUUUUCAGAUCACUUUGACUUCUGACAACUUCCAAUAUCCACGUGGCAGUUGAAACGGUGAGUAAACGAAACAUAUCACGAAAUUUCAUUUUGUAUUGAAAUUCUGGAAUUUCAGUAUGAAGCUGAUAAAACCUGGAUUUUUCUUGAUUUUCUUUCUGAAAAUCUUGAAAAAUUGGUUGAUUUUAUCAGUUUGAAAUUGGAAUUGCAGCGGAGAUGCGGAAGCUAUGCCCAAUUUUUGAAUUUUUAAUUAAAAACUUAGUUUCUUUCUCUCAAAAUUCAAUUGUUUGUUUCAGAUUGUCAGUCAGUCUGCAAAUACACUUCAUUCAAAAGGACCACGAAAUUAUGUGAAUCGAAAAACUGGAAGAGGAUGCGGAAAUGCAGUGUUGUCGAGAUUUGAGUGGAAAUAUGAUAAGGUUCGAAGGGAAUUUUGAAUUCGGGACAGAAUUUGGAGCAUUUUGAGUAUAAUAUGAGCAAUUAUUGUGAAUUUUGAAGCGUUUUGAAAUUAUAUUUGAAUAACUUCUGAGAUUUCUCAUAUUUUAACUCAGAGAUUCAUGAAAAUUUCAAACUUUAACGUUUUUAUUUAAAAAUAACCAAAAUUACUAGGCAAAAAUGCUCCAAGUUCAAAGAUCGAAAUAUUGCUCAUUUUAUACUAAAAAAUGCUCAAAUUUCCUGAAAAACCCAAAUUUCUACCCAAAAAUGAAUUUGGAGCGAAAUUUAGAGCAUUUUGAGUGUCAAAAUUCACCGUUACUCCAAUUUUUUGCAGACAAAAACAUGGAACAACACUUUUCGGAUGUGAUUUUCAUCGAUUUGAAAAUUCAAAUUUCAAAAGUGAAACUUGAACACAGUUUUUCGUGCCUAGAAAUUCUCUGGAUGUUUUUUAUGGAGCUAAACGAGAUGAGCAAACUACAAAGAAAUUAUAAUUAUUAUCGAUUUCCAUUGUAUCUUACUUAUAUUUUAACACCCAGAAAAAGAGGUGAGAUUUUGCUUUAUUUUUUCAGAAAAAAACAAAUUCAAAUUUUCAGACAAACAAUAUUUGAUUUAUGCAUUUCUCAACGAAUCGACAAACAGUUUUGGUGAGUUACCAAAAAAUUACUUGAAUUUCUGGAAUUUCAAUUUGAAACUCAUAAAAUUUUGUUUCUCUUGAUUUUUUUAUGCAGAAAAAUCAUGAAGAACUGGAUUUUAUCAGUUCCAAAUUGGAAUUUCAGCGGAGAUGCGGAAGCUAUGCCCAAUUUUUGAAUUUUUAAAAAGUAUUUGGGACCUGAUUUUACGAAAAAACAUGCUAUUUAUUUCUCAGUUGAAUUAACUUGAAAAUUGAUUUCAAUUUAGAAGUUUUUUCGAAUAACCCUGGAACUUUAGAAAUGUUGAGCUCCAAUUCUCAACGAAAACUAUUUUUCGGGUCAAAAUUUGUAAAUCUGGAAGAGCUUCCAGUUUAACAAAUUCAUCAUUGUCGACCCAAAUUUCAAGAUUUUAGGCUUAAAUUGAUUGCAAUUCAUUCAGUUAGCAUUUAUUGAGUACUGUAUAAAGAAAAUGCUAUUUUUUUUAUGCAGAAAAAUCUUGAAAAAUGAUCAAUUUUAUCAGUUCCAAAUUGGAAUUUCAGCAGAGAUGCGGAAGCUAUGCCCAAUUUUUGAUUUUUUAGAGAAAACUUUGAAUUUUCAGACCGAUCAAAAUUGUCAAGGGAAAUUUGGGAACAAUGGAAUCACUUGAAAUUCAUCAAAUUAUGAAAAAAAUUCGAGCAAAAAUUAUAAUUGUUAUCGAUUUCCAUUGUAUUUUUGUUAUAUUUCAACACCCAAAAAAGUGGUGAGAUUUUUCUCAAUUACUUUCGGAAAACACGAAUUGAAAUUUUCAGGAUUAUAAUGAUUCAUGGUGUAUUUUUGGUCGAUUCUCAAAAUUUUGUGUAACUUAUUGGACGAAACAUGUUUUGGUGAGUGCAAAAAAAUUAAUUAAAAUUCUGGAAUUUCAGUUUGAAGCUGAUAAAACUUGGAUUUUUCUUGAUUUUCUCUGUGAAAAUCUUGAAAAAUGGUUGAUUUUAUCAGUUUCAAAUUUGAAUUUCAGCGGAAAUGCGGAAGCAUUUUACUAUCUCAAAUCAUUAAACCCGCAAUUUUUCACAUUUUUUUCGGUAGAUCAAAUGAUUUUUCUCUCUAAAUCUCUCAAUUUUGCAUUUUAUUUCAUCAUUUUUUUUUCUAGAAAAUUUGUGUGAUUAAAAAUAGCUCGAAAUUCUGAAAUAUCCAAUGAAAAACUAAUAAAAUUUAGAAUUUUCUUGAUUUUUCUUUUUUCAUUAGAAAAUCUUGAAAACUCUCCAUUUUAUCAGUUAUUUUUUGGAAUUUCAGCGGAGAUGCGGAAGCUAUGCCCAAUUUUUGAAUUUUUAGAGAAAAACUUGGGAUUUUUCAGCGAAAACUCAAUUUUUUGUUCCAGAUUGUCAGUCAGCAAUCUCGCUCCAACCGAAAUACCAACAAAUUCAACUCCGACUCAAUUAUAAUAAGUAUUUGGCUCGUAAAAUGUUGUCGCUGGCAUAAAAUUAGGAAAGUUAUCACAAGAAUUAUGGGUGAGUUUUUUAUAUGAAAAAUUAAAAUUUGAUGAAAAAUAGCUUGAAAUUCUGAAUUAUCCAAUUGGAUGAAAAAAAAUCGGCCCGAGUUUUUUCAAAAAAAAAAAAAUUUUUCAAGAAAAUCUUGAAAAUUCUCAAUUUUAUUAGUUAUUUUUUGGAAUUUCAGCGGAGAUGCGAAAGCUAUGCCCAAUUUUUGAAUUUUUAUUCAAAACCUUUGAAUUUGCAGACCAAUCAAUGCUUGCAAAUUGGAUUUCGAUUGAUUUUCCUGUCAAUUUUCCAUACAAAAAAUCUCGCCAGAAAUUGAAACUGAUUCAUCACAAAUUAUAAUUUUUUGUAUUCAUUUUCUUAUUUACCACCCAGAAAUGAGGUGAGAUUUUGCUGUGUUUUCUUUUUCAGAAAAAAUGUAUUCAAAUUUUCAGACCAAUUUUCGAAUGAUGAACUUCUCAACGGAUUGCAAUUCUCCAGGACAAACAGUUUUGGUGAGUAAAAUUUAGAAUUUUGAGCCUAAAUUUGAAAAAAUUUAAGAUUACUCAUAUGUAGGCUUCAAAUUUCCACCCAAAAAUGAAUUUGGAGCAUUUUGAGCUCAGUAAUGGAAAAUUGAAGUUUUUUGACCUAAAACCACUUCCACAACAUUUUUAGUAUCGAAAUUCUCCUUUUUGGAACCAAAAAUGCAUGCCACGUGUCAAAAUUUACACUAACUCAAUUUUUUCCAGGCAAAAUAAUGGAACAACACGUUUCGGAUGUGUUAUCCAUCGAAGAAACUCUGGAAAAUCUGAAAAUUCUGAUUUCAAAAGUGAAACUUGAUCGCGGUUUUUCGUGGAGCUGAAAGUGAUGAGCGAACUAGAAAAUUAUAAUUGUUAUCAAUUUCCAUUUUAUUUUUCUUAUGUUUCAACACCCAGAAAAAGAGGUGAGAUUUUGGUUUAUUUUUUCAGAAAAAAACAUCCAAAUUUUCAGAAUUAUAAUGAUUUAUGGUGAUUUUUUGGUCGAUUCUCAACAUUCUGUGUCGAAAAUUCUGGAGAAGUUAUUUGAUUCAACUUUUUGAAUUUUGGUGAGUGACAAAAAAUUAAUCAAAAAUCUGGAAUUUCAGUUUGAAACUGAUAAAACUUGGAUUUUUCUUGAUUUUUUUUUGAAAAUCUCGAAAAAUCAUAGAUUUUAUCAGUUUCAAAUUUGAAUUUCAGCGGAAAUGCGGAAGCAUUUUAAUAUCUCAAAUCAUUAGACCCCCAAUUUUUCACAUUUUUUUCGGUAGAUCAAAUUAUUUCUUUUCUUUAAUUUUUAUUCAAAAACUUGGGAUUUUUUUCAACGAAAAUUCAUUUUUUUUGUUCCAGAUUGUCAGUCUGCAAAUGCUCUCUAACCGGCAUACCAGUUGACGGACAAAUUCGACCCCGAUUCAAAUGUUUUCGCUGGUAUGAAAUUCGGAAAAAUAUCACAAGAUAAAACAAAUUCCAGAUUUUUGGUGAGUUUUUUUUAUAUGAAAAAUUAAAAUUUGAUUAAAAAUAAUAGCUCGAACUUCUGAAAUAUCCAAUAAAAAACUAAUAAAAUUUAGAAUUUUCUUAAUUUUCUUUGAUUGGAAAAUCUUGAAACCGCUCUAUUUUAUUAGUUAUUCUUUUGAAUUUCAGCGAAGAUGCGGAAGCUAUGCCCAAUUUUUGAAUUUUUUAAUCAAAAACUUUGAAUUUUCAGAGCCAUCAAUGCUUGCAAAUUGGAUUUCGAUUGGUUUUCCUGUCAAUUUGCCAUACAAAAAAUAUGGCCAGCAUUUUGGAGCUAUAACUCAUCAAAAAUUAUAAUUGUUGUAUUCAUUUUGUUAUUUAACACCCAGAAAAAGAGGUGAGAGUUUUCCAGAUUUGUUUUCAAAAACAAAGAAUCCAAAUUUUCAGACAAACAAUAUCAAUCAAUUCUCAACGAAUCGAAAUUUUUUGAGAAGUGUAGGACAAGUAAUUUUGGUGAGUGACAAAAAUAAAUUGAAAUUCUGGAAUUUCAGUUUGAAACUAAUAAAACUUGGAUUUUUCUUGAUUUUCUCUUUGAAAAUCUCGAAAAAUCGUAGAUUUUAUCAGUUUGAAAUUGAAAUUUCAGCGGAGAUGCGGAAGCUAUGCCCAAUUUUUUGAUUUUUUAGAGAAAAACUUAUACUUUUUCAAAAAAUCAUUUCGGGUAUAAUAUGAGCAAUUCUUAUGAAAAAUAGAGCGCUUUGAGCCUAAAAAUUUAAAGAAAACCUAAUAUUACUCAUAUUUAGGCUCAAAACGUUUCAAAUUUCGUGAAAUUUUCAAAUUUAACCUGAAAAAUCAAUUUUUAAUGAGAUUUGGAGCAUUUUAAACCCAAAUUUGAAGACAAUCUAAGAUUGCUCAUUCUAUACUCAAAAUGCUGAAAAUCCCACAUUUCUACCCAAAAAUGAAUUUGGAGCAAUGAAUUUGGAGAAUUUUGAGCUCAGAUAUGGAAAAUUGAAGUUUUUCGAGCCAAAACCACUUCCACAACAUAUUUAGUAUCGAAAUUCUCCUUUUUUCACGAAAAAAAUAUGCCACGUGUCAAAAUUUACCCUAACUCCGAUUUUUUCCAGACAAAAUAAUGGAACAACACGUUUCGGAUGUGAUUUCCAUCGAUUUGAAUAUUCAAAUUUCAAAAUUGAAACUCGAACACAGUUUUUCGUGCCUGGAACUUUUCUGGAUGUGUUUUAAUGGGGCUGAAAGAGAUGAAGAAAGGUGAGGUUUUGCUUUUUUUCAGUAAAAAAUAUCCAAAUUUUCAGAACAAUAUUUGAUUGA